AUGCACGCCAAGUCCUUCGUCCUGGCUCUGGCUCUCGCCUCUUCAUCUGUUGUCGAAGCCAACCGACCGCGCAUUUACUAUCCCCGCCAAGUUAAGAGAGAAGUCGUCAACAAUGCCGCCCCUGUAGUGCCAGACAACAAGGUCGUUCCCGACCUUGAGAAGCGCGACCCUCAAAACUCAUUUCUUGAUCGCCUCUUCAGCAACAACAACAACAACGAUGACACGGCUUCUACUGGAGACAAGGAGAGUGGCGUCAACUUCGACCCUACUAUUCCUCUAGGCCUCAAACGCCCUGGCCCCAGUGCCAGCGCUCUACCAUCUGUCGUUCUCCAACCCACAACAACAAGCAUGGCGAUUGAGGAACCCGAGACAACCGAACCCGCCGAUGCUCUUACCGAAUCCGACACAGGCAUUCUCCUUGCUCCCAGCGGAAUUGUCACCAGCAAGACCGCCGUCAAGUCUAGCCAGCCCGCCAAAACAUCGGCUGCUGAGCCAAAAGAGGAGACUGAAGCUGCUCCCGUCGAGACCGAGACCAUUGUUCAAACCGAGGAACCUGUUGUCGCUACCGAGCCCCCCAAGGAGGAGACACAGCCUGCCGUAACAACAGCACCUGCUGUCAAGGAGCCCGAGUCUGUGAACACCCCGAAGGAAAAGCCUGUCGAGUCCAAGACUGAGGCACCUGCUCCUGUUGAGACUACGGCACCUGCUGAGCAACCCGUCAGCACUCCCAGCAACAAGCCGGUCGUUUCGACAACCAAGAAGGGUCUCCUUGAUCCCGUCGAGACUCUCUUGUCUUCCAUCCUCCCUGUCCCUGCUGAGUCCAAGACCACGCAGCCUAAGCCCGUGAACACCGAGACCACCAAGCCCAAGGAGGAGACACAGCCUGCCCCUAUCGAGACCACCAAGCCCAAGGAGGAGACACAGCCUGCCCCCGUCGAGACCACCAAGCCCAAGGAGGAGACACAGCCUGCCCCCGUCGAGACCACCAAGCCCAAGGAAGAGACACAGCCUGCUCCUGUCGAGACUCAGCCUGCCCCCGUCGAGACCACCAAGCCCGAGGAAGAGACACAGCCUGCUCCUGUCGAGACUCAGCCUGCCCUUGUCGAGACGGAGACUGUUCAGCCCGCUGACAGCGAGACUAAGAGUCCUUCCGCUGAGAAGCCUGCACCUACGACCAAGGAAGGCCUACUUGAUCCCAUUGAGACACUCCUGUCUUCAGUUCUCCCAGUUCCCGCUGACAGCGAGACUAAGGAUCCCCAGCCUGAUCAGACCGAAUCCGAGCCUCUGCCAGAGGAGACUGGAACUCCCACAAAGGAGCCGCAGCAACAGGAAAGCAAGCCCCAGACUGAUGGCCAGACUCUUCCCACCGUGAGCCCUCCAAGUGACGAGGCUACUGCUGCCCCAGGCUCUGCCCAAACAUCCAACGAUGGUCUGUUGGAUCCUGUGGAAACACUUCUCAGCUCUCUCCUCCCUGUUGACCCAUCCGAGGUUAAGACCACAUCGCCUGAGGAGACUGCAUCUCCUGAUACUCUCCCUGCCGAGGCUCAGCCUACAUCCGCUGCUGGUGAAGAGACUGGUUCCGAGCAAACUGUCUCUGGAGCUCCUGUGACCGAUCCCGAGACCACUGGCCUGUUACCUGAUAUCAUCCCCACCAGCAUCCUUCCUGAGCCCACGCUCCCACUUGAUGAGACCGAUAUUCUGCCUAUCCCUACGGAUGUCACCGACGUUACCUCUAUUUUGCCUGAGCCUUCAAGUCCAGUCACUGUGUCUCCUGUCAUUCCCACAACGCUUGCCCCUGAGGAGUCCCAGAGUGAUUCCCCGGAUGUCACAUCGUUCGUUGACCCUAACACAAAGCUUAUUGACCCUACUGAGUCACCCAAUGUUACCCUCCCUGAUGCAACCUCUGGUGUUGGUUCUCAACCUGUUGAGACUGAGCUUCCUCUACCCACAACUGAGCCUGUCAACGGUACCGAGACCCAGCCUGCCAAUGGCACUGAAACCCAGCCUGCUGCUACUGGUGAGCCUGAGACUACUGGUGCUCCCGAGCCCACCGAGGAUGUGACAGAGGCCCCUACCGUUGCUCCCACAGCCACCGGUGCUGCCUCUGAGGAACCAACUGGUGCUGCCUCUGAGGAACCCACUGGAAACGCAACUGAGCCUGCUACCGAGCCUAUUGAUACAGCUACCGGCUCAGCUCCUACCGAGCUUCCUGCUACUCAGACUGGUGAUGAAACCAACGGCACUGCUACUGAGGAGCCUACCAGCCCUGCCACUGGAGUCGAAACUGAAAGUGCACCUAUCGCAACCGAUGGCGAGGAGACCUCCGCGGCUCUCCCAACUGUCACCGAGGUGCAGCCUACAAUCCAGCCCACCUCUCAGCCUCCUGUUGAAACUGAGACUCAACCUGAGCCUAUUCCUACUACCCUGGUCCCCACCGCUGCCGAUCCCAUCACUAGCAUCCGACCUACUGCUACUCUUACCAACACCAACAACUGGCUGCCUACCACCAUCAUGUUCGAGCCUACCUCUAUUCCCGCUGCUCCCACCCAGGCCACCGAGACUUCGACCUCUACCGGUCUCCCCGCCAACAUUCCCCGUGUCAUCCUGCCCAACGACCCCAACAAGCCUAUCCCCGAGGGUUCUCGUGCCAUUCAAAUCGGGUUUCUCUUCCCCUUCAACUACAAGUUCCUCGCCCGCAACACCGUUGCGGCUGCCCAGCUCUUCAAAUACCUUCCCAAGGGUCUUGCUGAUGCUGGUGGCUUCAGCAAGGACCGUAUUCUGAUCGAGAAGAUUAUUCCCAUGGAUACUCAGUCUCAGUGGGGUUACAUCACUGCUCUGGCCAAGAUUCACUACCCUGAGAACAUGCUUGACAGUCUCCAGGCCGAUCUCAUGACGCCCAACUCUCUCCUAUACAAUAACGACCUUGAAAUCGUUCGCAACCUGACCUCUGUCAUCAACAACAAGAUCGACAUCUUUGGCAACACCGAAAAUGGUGCCAGCUCUGACAGUGGUGACUCGGAAGACAGUGGUAGUGGCGGCAACGAUGGUUUCGGUAACAGUGGCGAGGGUGACAAGACCGCCAAGCAGAAGGCUACUACCGCUGGUAUUGCUGUUGGUGCUGUCGGACUCAGUGUCAUGUACGGUGCUGCCAUGUUCCUGGUUGCCCGCCGAUACAAGCGCAAGAAGCAGCUGGGUCACCGCCGAGCCAGCUCCAUUGGUAGCAGCCAGCGAUCUUCCGAGAUGCAGUACAACGGCAACGGCAGCCCUGCUCUCAUGGGUGGUGCUCUCAUGAGCCGUGAUUUCUCUAACUACGGUGCCCAGGGUCCCCAAGGUGAAGCACCAGCUCGACCUGGUGGCCGUGACAGCCAUGGCAGUGGACGCAGUGGCAUGGGUAACUCUGCCCGCACAGCCUUCAUCUCCGCUCCUGUAGCUGCCGAGAACUCUCUUGGAUGGAACUGA